UUAGGCUUGAGCUAGAGCGUGCACGUCCCAUAACUGUCCGGGGAGACACGUUGGACUCCUGUCGUUAGCAGUGAAUUUGUAUGUGCUGCGUAUACGCGUCUCUUCAUGCAGAGCAGGGACAGGCUUAUCGCCGACAGCGUUGAAUUCAACGGUUUGUUUGAGGAUGGGGGCAUGAGGCGCUGUUGAGGUGCUAGAGGAUUCAAACAGGUGUCUUUGUCUCUCGGAGGAGGAAAGCGGGCUAAAAAGAGAAGGAAGAGGAGGCGGUGACCGACAUCCCCCACGGGACAGGCCGACCGACCCACAGAGCUAACAGGUGUGUCUGAGGAGCUCACACGGCUUCGGUCUGCGCCCCCUGCCCGGCUGGUUCUCCAUAUCUCAGCCUCUCCCGUCUACCGUCCGGGUCCUGCUUCUGUCUCACAAUUCCUGGCAAAAUUUGGAUUAAAAAAAAAGAAGAAGAAGAAGAAAAAAAAAACCCGUUAAAAAAAAUUCCCAGCCAUUUUUUUCCUUCCCCCUUUUUUCCUCGUAGCCAUCCAGUGGUGCGUAACAGCUGCGAGGAGGACGUGGGAUCUAGAGCCCAGUUGGAUCCAAACUGUUCGUUUUCAUUUCUAGGCGUUAAUUUAGAUACUUUAUGAAAAGAGGCGCUUUUCUUUAUGGGUUUAACUGAUUGGCUCGGGGCCAACCAGAGCUUAAUAAAACCUUUUGAAUAUUUGGAUUCUUUUUGUUUAUUUUUUUUAACGAGAUUUGUGGGUUUGUAAAACAAAUUCGCUGUUUUGUGGUUUCACCAACGCACGAACCAAAUUCGGAGGAAAUUUAAUUGACCUUAAAGUGGAUAUUAUUACUCUCCCUUAUUUAAACCAAAGUGCAGCAUGACAACAAGAAAAAACCCCGGUGUGGGGGACACGGUGACCACCUCCACCUUCAACAGCCACCGGCAUCAGACCCAUCUCCGGAACCGGAGUCCCGUCAGCCCCGGCGGCGGCGGGGCUCCACCGGCAGAGGCAGCGGACGGAGUCGCGGAGGUGGUCGGUGAAUUUCAGGAAUGGUGCCUGCGAACGUACGGGGACUCCGGCAAAACAAAGACCGUAACCCGGCGCAAAUACAACAAAAUCCUCCAGACCCUCCUCCAGGGAGACGAGGAGAACAGCAGCCGCGUCCUGCCGCAGGAGAAAGGAGCCAACCACAUCAACGCCAAAUUUAAAUUCUGGGUCAAGUCCAAAGGCUUCCAGGUCGGGACGCUGCAGGACGGAAAGAACGGCUCAUCGGACGGACCGGUGCUGUAUGUCCCCAUCAAGGCGACGUGUGUGGAUGGAGUAUCGGGAGGUGACUUGAAACGUGUAGCGGUGGUGGAGGAUUUCUUCGACAUCAUCUAUGCCAUGCAUGUUGAGAUUGGCACAGAUCCAGGAAAAACACCAAAACACGCUGGCCAGAAGAAAACCUACAAAGCUAUAGCAGAGACGUAUGCCUUCCUGCCCAGAGAGGCGGUGACUCGUUUCCUGAUGAGCUGUGGAGAAUGUCAGAAGAGGAUGCACAUCACUACCACAGGACAGGAGUCCAAAGAAAACGACAGACCGAGUUCUCUGGUGUCAGACGUGAUCGACUACAACCUGCCUCUUACCACAACCUACAUGAAGCAGAUGAAGCUGCAGUUCAUGAUCAAUAAGGAUGACAGUUCACUGAGCAGCGAGGAGGCAGAGAUGAGCGAGCCCACGUGGCUAGCAGCUGAUCUGGGAGCAGUUUCAGACCUGAGCCCACCGAGCCGUGGAGAGAGGAUGCGCCACAGUCCCCAGAACACACAUGGCAAGGAGGAUGACGAUGAUUCAUCAUCAGAGAGUGGCAGUGGUAACGGCCUUCCUGCCCUGACCCCUCCCUCCUCGGCUGUAACGGACAGUGCCAUCGUCAGGGAAACGGAGGUUGUCAACGGCAAUGGUGGCUCGGCCCCGCUCGACUUCAGCAGGCCUACUUCUUCUUCUUCAUCAUCUGAGGACCAGCAGCCGGUAAACCUGAGUGACCCCGCACCUCAGCGCCUACCCCUGUCCACCUCGCACCUGCCCAUCACCGUCUCCGCGGCAGCUGCAGCGCUGCUUGGCGCUCUGCAUCCAAACGCGCCUGAGGAGCUCCGCCGGAAGUACCCGCUGGCCUCCAAACCUCCCCUGGCUCCACACCCGGCCCUGCCGCUACCACAGAUUCCUCACACACACAACCCACUUAUUCCAAACACACACUCCCAGUCACACACCACAGAACUUCGAUUGGACCGAGAUGGCAGGGACUACGGGAACAAGUCUCCACAGUACAGCUCAGGUGGCAGCUACGAUGGCAUGAAGAUGGACCUGAGUGCAGAGGACCUAACCAUGGGGCGUCACGGGAACCAGGUUGCUGCCGACGACGAUGAUGACGAUCACGACGACCACGAUGACAACGACAAGAUCAACGAUACAGAGGGUGUUGAUCCAGAAAGAUUAAAGGCCUUCAAUAUGUUUGUGCGAUUGUUUGUGGAUGAGAACUUGGAUCGGAUGGUACCGAUUUCCAAACAGCCCAAGGAGAAGAUCCAGGCCAUCAUUGAGUCCUGCAGCAGACAAUUCCCAGAAUUCCAGGAACGUGCCCGCAAGCGCAUCCGCACCUACCUCAAAUCCUGCCGACGCAUGAAGAAGAACGGCAUGGAGACCCGUCCAACUCCACCUCACCUCACCUCAGCCAUGGCUGAAAACAUCCUGGCCGCUGCGUGUGAGAGCGAAUCACGCAACGCUGCAAAGAGGAUGCGCCUUGAAGCCUACCACGAUGAGCAGGUCUCUCUGGACAAGUCGUCCAGUGGUGGAGGCGGUCUGAGGGAGCCGACGUCCCUCGUUCAUUCUGCCUACUCCCUGGCCACAUCAGCCUUCUCCUCCCAGGACACCCAGCUCUACAUCAAUGGUGCCGGCCUCAGCUACGGUUACCGUGGAUACCCGGGGCUGGGUGCUGCCAUUCAACACCCCGUUUCCCUGACGACCGGAGGUACUACUCAGAGCAAUGGCCCUACAGACCUCAGCAUGAAAUCUCUCUCCUCCAACAAUAUCAGUAACUCCUCCUCUUGCACCACCAACAACCUGGGGGGACGGGGCAGUGGAAACGGUGGAGGAGGCGGGGCUUCGACCCAGCUCAGCCAACCGGAGAUCACGGCCGUGCGUCAGCUGAUCGCUGGCUACCGGGAGUCAGCUGCCUUCCUGCUUCGCUCCGCUGAUGAGCUGGAAAACCUCAUUCUGCAGCAGAACUGAUUAGAAAUGUGUAGGAGAAAACACACUCUCUCUCUCACACACACACACAGGCUUACCAUCAUGUUUGUGUGGUUUCUGCCUCCCCCCAUCUCGGCUUAUCAAGGCUCAACACCAGAUCUCCUUUUUGUUUUUUUCUCUUCCCUCCUUCAGUCAGGGUUUGUUUCUCCACUCGAACUGUGGCCACUUGGACUUUCUUUGGAGAAUAAAGUUGUAAACUGUGACAGACGGGGGAGGCGAUGAAUCCCCCCCACCCUGCCAUGUUCAGAACAAUACCACAAAACCUCAAUCCACCGAUUCUGCCUGAGGAAAAAACUUUAUCUUUUGUUUUAAAUGGAGCAGAGCAUCGGACUCUGGAAGAAGUUCAUCUUCUCCUCUCUGGAAUCACCUCAAAAUCAGCGCUGAGGAUGGAGGACGAAGGAGAAGCAGAAGCAGAGGGAAGAUUGUUGAUUCUGCUGCUGUCGCUUCAGAGAAGACUUUGCCCACUUCUUGGUUAAAAAGUGAGGUUUUUUUUUGUUGUUGUUUUUCUUGUAAAGCUCGGGGAAUUUGGAUCGACGGAUGCCCCCAGCCGGCGUUGUCUUAUGAUCAUUACAAAUUAAAAUAAUAAUAUAUGGUGACUCCUUGACGCUGUUCAAGAAAUGACGCUUUUGAUUUAAUUUUUUUUUUUUCUUGUUUGUUUUUUAUUUUGCGAAUCCAAUGAGCAGUUUUUUAUGUUUAAGACUUUUUUUUUCCUUGUUUUUUUCUGACUGAAAGAAAAGUGGCUUGAUGUGUCUUUAAAGAUAGCACUAACUACGAAUUCUGAAGGAAAUGAAUAUAAUUGGAAAAAAAUUUUGUGCUCGCUUGUAUAUAAGCUCUCUGUGUCCUAUAGCACUUUCCUUUAAACCCCCUCACCCCCCUCACCCCUUUCACCCAGGGAGCAACUCGCUACUUAUGCAGACAAGACGCCAUCUUUACCAGGAAUUACCUCAAAUAAGACCUGCCAAUUUAAUUUUCCUUUCCGUUGUCUCACCUGCGCUCUACAUUCCCACCAGAAAAAGGUCUUCUAGGCGUCUGGACUUGGGAAAGGUGAUGUGAAGUGGGUGGGGCGGAUCCAACAACGUCAGAAACAAUGAUGCAUUUGGAGGACUGAGCUUGAAACUCUUUCUCUGGUUUGUGUGGGGUUGUUUGUGUGCUGCUGUAUAUAAACCAGUUCAUGUUGAAAACUUGAAGAAUCAGAGCUGAAGGUGGCAGGAGUGCAUUUCACUUGGAGAUUGCUUUCUCCUUAAAGUGGGGGUGAGCAUGUAUGUGUACAUGAAAUUGUUUUUCCAACAGAAUGGCGACAAAAAUCUGUCUGCACUGACCAACUUAUGGGGACUUCCUGUGGACGUGGGGACGGUAAUUUUGUCCAUUGAUCUUUUAUUACAAAAAAAGGUUAAGACUUGUUUGUGUGUGUUUGUGUGUGUGUGUGUGUGUGUGUG